AAAGACACUCAAAAGUUAUCUCAAAGAGUAUCAUUACAAGCAGAGGGUACGUGUGCGACGAUUGGACAGUGAGAAUGAUAUUAUGAUGGACAGCAGAUCCAUAUCUUAUCUACCGGUGAUUUGAAUAUCUGUUUUCAUUAAAGAAUGAGCAAAUAACGUUUAGAGCACUGAUAGGACCCGGUACGUAAUUACCAUGGAACAAGCUAAAGUGAUGGAAAAUAAAAAAAGGAACGUUGUGGUUACGGGUUUUGGACCCUUUGGAGUCCAUGCUGUUAAUGCCAGCUGGGAAGCAGUUAAAUUACUGAAGGAUAGAUCAGCAAGGAAACUGAAGGACCUUUACGAUAUCGACCUGAUCAUCGAAGAAAUCCCAGUCGUUUACGAUCACGUGUCUUCGAGAAUCCCAAACAUUUGGAAGGAGCAUGAUCCAUUGCUUGUCGUACACGUGGGGGUUUCCUACGUGGCUAAAUGUCUAACGAUAGAGAGCAACGCCUCCAGCAGUGGAUAUACUAGAAACGACAUCGUCGAAAAGUGCCCCAGUGACUGCGGAAUGGCGUGUACACGGCUCAACGUUGGCCUGGAUGUCAAUGCUAUUUGUAAAAAUGUUAAAGAUAAGUUCAACUGCAUCGCCGACGUCUCGGAAGACGCGGGUAGAUAUCUUUGUGAAUACAUCCUGUAUCAGUCGCUUGCAAUCAAGCACGAUCGAACAUUGUUUAUCCACGUUCCUGAUUUUAAUUGUUAUUCUUCGGAAGAAACUGAACGUGGGAUUUUAGGGAUCAUCUGUUGUGUAAUGGAGAGUCUUGGAGAGUAAAUAAUUACGAUUAUUUCCUAUUCUCUAAUGUUUCAAACCCCUUUGUAUUUUGUAAUCGAUCAAUAAAUUUGUAAUAAAAUAAAAGAGAUAUGAUCCAAAACGA